GCCGGAGGCGGCGGCUGUCAGAGUCUGCUCAGCCGGCGCCGGGGAACAUCGGCCGCCUCCAGCUCCCGGCGCGGCCCGGCCCGGCCCCGCUUGGCCGCCUCAGGGCCCGGGCCCCGGCCCUGGCCAACGGCAGAAGCGGCUGAGCCUUCACGCCACCGCAGGCGCCCCCAUCCGCCUAGCGUCAGCGAGGGCCCCGCCCCUGUCUUGUGGCCAGUAUGUGGACUGCGGCCUCUGGUGCGGGCACCCGCGCUGCUCGCAUUGGGCCCAAACCAGUCCACCCAGCUGGGGAAAGGAGCAGCUGCCCGCCUGCCUUGGUAGCCAUGAGGCCCCCAUGCUGUCCCCUGCACACUCUCUUCCCAGCGUCCCCACUUCUUCUUCUCCUCCUCCUCUUCCUCCUGGGAGGAGGGGCAGAAGCCGAGCACCCGGAGGACCCAGAGCUGCUGGUGACAGUGCGUGGGGGCCAUCUUCGGGGCAUCCGCCUAAUGGCCCCUGGGGGCCCUGUCUCUGCUUUUCUGGGCAUCCCCUUCGCAGAGCCACCUGUGGGCCCCCGUCGCUUCCUGCCACCGGAGCCCAAGCGGCCCUGGUCAGGGGUGCUGGAUGCCACCGCCUUCCAAAGUGUCUGCUACCAAUACGUGGACACCUUGUACCCUGGCUUUGAGGGCACCGAGAUGUGGAACCCCAACCGUGAGCUGAGUGAGAACUGCUUGUACCUCAACGUGUGGACACCAUACCCUCGGCCUGCGUCCCCCGCCCCUGUCCUCGUCUGGAUCUAUGGGGGUGGCUUCUACAGCGGGGCCUCCUCCCUGGAUGUGUAUGAUGGCCGCUUCCUGGCCCAAGCGGAGGGGACUGUGCUGGUAUCCAUGAACUACCGGGUGGGAGCCUUUGGCUUCCUGGCCCUGCCAGGGAGCAGGGAGGCCCCAGGCAAUGUGGGUCUCCUGGACCAGAGGCUGGCUCUGCAGUGGAUACAGGAGAAUGUAGCAGCCUUCGGGGGGGACCCAAUGUCAGUGACUCUGUUUGGGGAGAGUGCAGGUGCUGCCUCUGUGGGCAUGCACCUUCUGUCCCCACCCAGCCGGAGCUUGUUCCACAGGGCUGUGCUGCAGAGCGGUGCACCCAAUGGGCCAUGGGCUACGGUGGGCACGGGAGAGGCCCGCCGAAGGGCCACACUACUGGCCCGCCUUGUAGGCUGUCCCCCAGGUGGGGCCGGUAGCAAUGACACAGAGUUGGUCGCCUGCCUGCGGACACGGCCAGCUCAGGACCUGGUGGACCACGAGUGGCAUGUGCUGCCUCAGGAAAGCGUCUUCCGCUUCUCUUUUGUGCCUGUGAUAGACGGAGACUUCCUCAGUGACACGCCCGAGGCCCUCAUCAACGCCGGAGACUUCCAGGGCCUGCAGGUGCUGGUGGGUGUGGUGAAGGAUGAGGGCUCCUAUUUUCUGGUUUACGGGGCCCCAGGCUUCAGCAAAGACAACGAGUCUCUCAUCAGCCGGGCACAGUUCCUGGCUGGGGUGCGGGUCGGGGUCCCCCAGGCAAGUGACCUGGCUGCCGAGGCCGUGGUGCUGCAUUACACAGACUGGCUGAACCCUGAGGACCCAGCACGCCUGAGAGAGGCCAUGAGCAACGUGGUGGGUGACCACAAUGUCGUGUGCCCUGUGGCCCAACUGGCUGGGCGACUGGCCGCCCAGGGUGCUCGGGUCUAUGCCUACAUCUUUGAACACCGUGCGUCUACGCUCUCCUGGCCCCUCUGGAUGGGGGUGCCCCACGGCUACGAGAUUGAAUUCAUCUUUGGGCUCCCCUUGGAACCCUCGCUAAACUACACCAUCGAGGAGAGAGCCUUUGCCCAGCGACUGAUGAAAUACUGGGCCAACUUCGCCCGCACAGGGGACCCCAAUGACCCCCAGAACCCCAAAGCCCUGCAGUGGCCGCCGUACACGGGGAAAACGCAGCAGUAUGUGAGCCUCAACCUGCGGCCGCUGGAGGUGCGGCGGGGGCUGCGAGCCCAGGCCUGUGCCUUCUGGAAUGGCUUCCUACCCAAAUUGCUCAGCGCCACCGCCUCGGAGGCUCCCAGCACCUGCCCAGGCCCCGCCCACGGGGAGGCUGCCCCGAGGCCCAGGCCCGGCCUCCCCCUACCCCUCCUUUUCUUUCUCCUCUUCUCCAGCCUCCCGCGGCUGUAACCACAGCCUCUUCCCCUCCUCUGGCCUCACUGGGCCCCUCCUCUAAUGAGUAGUCGGACCAUGGGGAAGGGCCCCACUCAGGGAUCUCCGACCCAGCGCCCCCCCUCCCUCAGAAAGCCUCAAACUGGACAAGGGGAGCGGUGACCUAUGACCCAUCUCAGGGACCCACAGGCUUUUGUUUAAAUGCAAAUGAAAAAGCCAGUUCUGUUUUUUUGUAGUUAUUCCUUAGAGCCUGAGCCUGGUGUUGGGGGGAGAGAGAAGACCUGGGGCUAGAUAGCACCUCCCAGUGGGGCUAUAACCGUCAACCAUUUCUGUCUCUUUUUUCCCCCCAUCAAUCCAUGGAUGCUCCACCCUCCUGAUCCGUUCCGUGCUCCUGUCUUCCGGUCAUUUUCAACCCCUCCAUCCUCAUUCCUACCAUCCUUCUCUGGUCCCCCUGUCUUCAUCUUCCCCGGUCUUUCGUCUCUUACAUUCUGAUCCUCUUUCCACCACCCCACGUGGUCUCCUACUUACUCCUUGUGUCCUCCUGCACUCACGCCCCCUACCCCAUGUC